AUGUCCUUUUUUCUGAUAAUAAUUUAUUUGUAUUUAGCGACUGGAUUAUCAUUUCGUUCCCUGGGUUUAACGUUUCGAAUUAAUGAUUGCACAGUUGGUAAAUGUGUUUCAUUAGUUGUGGAUGCGAUAUGGAAUAAUUUCUACCAGCAACACCUGCCUGUUCCCGACCACAGAAUGUUAGUAGAAAUAGCUACAGGAUUUCAGGAGCGGUGGAAUUUUCCUCAUGCCGUUGGAUGUCUUGAUGGCAAGCACAUUCGAAUUCUAUGCCCGAAAAAAAGUGGAACUAUGUUUUACAACUACAAAAACUUUUUUUCAAUAGUGCUACAAGCUGUUGCGGAUCACCGAUGUCGAUUUAUUUUUGUAGAUGUAGGAGAGUAUGGGAAACAAAGUGAUGGAGGAACUUUUUCAGCUUCUUCUUUAUCUACAUUUUUGGAAAAUUGUCAUACUAAUUUACCACCAUCAUCACAUAUCGAAGGAAUUGUUACAGAUAUAUAUACUUGCAGACGAUGCAUACCCACUAAAGACCUACAUAAUGAAACCGUACUCAAGACGCAAUCUAUCACAUGA